AAGAGAAAAUAUCACAGCGACUACAUACAAUUCGGAUUUUUCUGGACUGGAGAUGAAGAGGAUCCCAAUCCACACUGUGUUUUGUGCUACGAGUCGUUGGCUAACGAGGCUAUGAAACCUGCCAAGCUCAAGCGUCAUUUUGAGAGCAAACACAAGGAUUACAUCGGGAAACCUUUAGCAUUGUUUGAGAGAAAACGUGAUGAACUUAAAAAACACAUGACGAAGGCGCCCUCACAUUUUUUUGCGACGGGGGAAAAUGCGAAGGCUACAGAGGCAUCAUACAGGGUAUCCCUUCUCAUCGCAAAAACAGGGAAACCUCAUUCGAUAGGUGAGAAUUUAAUCAAACCAGCUGCCAAGGUUAUGGCUAAUGUAUUGUUUGGGGAGAAAGCAAGCGACGAAAUUAACAGGGUCUCCCUCUCCAAUGAUACUGUCCAGGCCCGUCGCCGAAUAACAGCCAUGGCCGAAAAUGUGAAAGAUCAGCUGAUCACACGUUUACGCCAAAGCCAGUUUUUCACACAGCAACUGGACGAGUCAACUGAUAUCGUGAAUGAGGCAAAUCUGCUGUGUUUUGUAAGGUACAUUUAUGAUGGCGGUGUGCAGGAUGAAUUUCUGUUUUGUCGUUCCCUGCCGACCAACACCACAGGGGAAGCCAUUUUUGACUCAGUCAACGAUUUCAUCCUGCAGAAUAAUAUCGACUGGACACGAUGUGUUGGUAUUUGCACAGAUGGUGCAACUGCAAUGACUGGGAAACACAAGGGACUGGCAGCGCGCAUACGUGCAGUUGCACCUUGCGCCACAGCAACACACUGUUGCAUUCACAGAGAACAGCUGGCUGUGAAAAAAAUGCCACCAUGCCUCAAAUCAGUAUUGGACGAGUCUGUGAAAAUUGUUAAUACAAUAAAAACCAAAGCACUGAACACACGUCUUUUUAAAGCUCUGUGUGAUGAAAUGGGAAGUGAACACACAAAACUGCUUUUCCAUACUGAAGUUCGCUGGCUGUCGCGUGGGAAAGUUCUCACCCGUCUAUUUGAACUGCGCGAUGAGGUGAUGUUAUUCUUGCAUCAUACUGAUGAACUGUAUGACAGACUGCAUGAUUUCCAGUGGCUCUCAAAAUUGGCAUACCUGGCCGAUGUCUUUAGCGCACUCAAUGCUUUGAACUUAGCGCUGCAGGGAAAAGCCGUCACCGCCUUCAAUGUGCAGGACAAAAUUAAAGCCGCACGCCUCAAGAUGGAAUUGUGGUGUGUCCGUCUGGAUCGCCAGGAGUUUGACUGUUUUCCGACGCUUGUGGAUUUUCUCCUCGCUGCAGAUUAA